AUGGCACGACGAUACGCGAUGGCGAGGCUUCUUUCGACGAACCGUUUUACCGUCUUCCAUUUUACUUUUCCUAAUCGAGACUGGAGGAUGCUUGAUGUGGAGAAUCCCUUUUUUUCAAUCGAGUUACGUCUCAUAGGUGAAAUUGAAAGCGGAGGAUGUUUCAUGAAUAAUUUAGCUAAGUUUACAAAUGUUACAGUAGAUAUUGAAAACAUUGCAAUAGAAGAUGGAGUAAAAUUUCAGAAAUUAAUUCUUCAUCGAGGUACGAUUCCAGCAACUAUCCAAGACAACUGUCCGACAAGAAACAAUCAAAAAUGUUCGUGA